CCAGAGGCGGCGGGAGAAAGGGCGGGAGAGGAGAAGCUGCAGCGAUGACUGAGAGCGGCACUCAGCUGUUUGCUCGUCUGGAGGAGCGUCGGUGUUUGAAGGACGUGGAGCCGCGUCUGUUUCCUGGCGACGUGGGACCCCUGCAUGGUGACUGGCCCCGCCCACCGUCUCACUGAUGCAUGAACACCAGCCCCGCCCACCGUCUCACUGAUGCAUGAACACCAGCCCCGCUCAGGUCUGGUGCAGCUCACUGAUGUGCUUUUGCUCCACCAGGGGACGUGGUGGAGCUGUGCGGGCCGGAGGGGACAGGGAAGACGGAGCUGCUCUACCACCUGCUGAGUCGCUGCGUGCUGCCGGAGGCGGCCGGCGGCCUGGAGGUGGACGUGGUGUUCGUGGACACCGACUACAGCCUGGACAUGCUGCGCCUGGUCAGCGUCCUGGACAGCAGACUGAACGUGUCUCCACCGGCUCGGACGAGGCGGCGCUGCGCUCCUGUCUCUCCCGCCUCCUCGUGGUUCACUGCUCCUCGUCCUCCCAGCUCCUCCUCACCCUCCACUUCCUGGAAAGCACCAUGUCGUCGAGGCCGCGCCUGGCUCUCCUCCUCCUCGACAGCAUCUCCGCCUUCUACUGGCCGGACCGCUGCGAGGGCGGAGCCAGCAUGGCCAGGCGGGAGGAGAAACUGGCCAAGUGUGCUGAGCUGCUGGGACGGAUGCUCAGGGAUUACAGGUUCACCAUCUUUGCGACCUGCCAUGCCAUCAGGAGGAGCAGCAGCGCUGAACCGUCCUCCUCCUCCACCGACCGGCCGUAUCUCUGUCGCCCAUGGCAACGGCUGGUGACGCACCGGCUGCUCUGCUCCCGGCAGGAGGCUGGGACCGGCGGGGAGAGACGGCAGGUCUUCACCGCACACUGCACCUCCUCCAGGACCAGGACCUCCGGGACCAGCUCCUUCUGGGUGACGGACGGCGGCGUGGAGUUCCUCUGAGCCGGGCCCUCCGUCCUCCUCACCCUACAAGCAUCGGAUUACUGUGUUGUCUGUUUUAACAUGUAAGAACGGAAUAAAAAUAUGG